AAAGCGGCCCUAGCGUGUCUCUUUAAUGCGCGCCCCCGGAGGCCCGGCGCGCCCCCGCCACUAUAACUCGAGUGCAUGGAGCAAGCCGCGUUCAGAGGAAGAAGGGCGGGCGCUGGGCACCCGUGGACCUACUUUUCCAAGUGCGAUCGGCGCCCGUCCGGCCCACAUCCCGCCCCCACGGACCCGCUCGCGGGCGCCCGCUGCUGAGGACCCGAUGCCUGCUGGGCUCGGGGCUGGGUUACACGCCGCCGCCGCCAAGUGACCCCCCGCGGGCCGUGCAGGCUCCCCGCACCUCUUCCCGCAGCGCUCGCCGUCGGGCGAGGGCGCCGCCGCCACGCCUCGCGCCCCUCGCUGCCCGGCCCAUGCUGGUGCACACUUACUCCGCCAUGGAGCGCCCCGACGGGCUGGGCGCAGCGGCCGGCGGGGCCCGCCUGUCGUCUCUGCCCCAGGCGGCCUACGGGCCGGCGCCGCCGCUCUGCCACACGCCGACCGCCGCCGCCGCCGACUUCCAGCCGCCCUACUUCCCGCCGCCCUACCCGCAGCCGCCACUGCCCUACGGCCAGGCCCCCGACGCCGCAGCCGCCUUUCCCCACCUGGCCGGGGACCCGUACGGUGGCCUGGCGCCCCUGGCACAGUCGCAGCCUCCGCAGGCUGCCUGGGCCGCGCCCCGCGCCGCCGCCCGCGCCCACGACGAGCCGCCGGGGCUGCUGGCGCCGCCCGCCCGCGCCCUGGGCCUGGACCCGCGCCGCGACUACGCCGCUGCUGUGCCGCGGCUCCUGCACUGCUUGUCCGACGGCGCGCACGGCCUGGCCGACGCGCCCCUCGGCCUUCCCGGGCUGGCGGCGCCGCCGGGCCUGGAGGACCUGCAGGCCAUGGACGAGCCGGGAAUGAGCCUCCUGGACCAGUCCGUGAUCAAGAAAGGUAAGAAAUGGCGUGCAUCUGCCAGGGCAGAGCAGGGCGAGAUGGUGCAGGCCCUGGCACACAAAUCCAGUUUCUUCCCUGUGGUGGGUCCCUUCUGUGCAUCGCGGAGCUCGGUGGCCACCGGUCACUCUUUCCAGCCCAGUCGAGGGACUGCGGAGACCAGAGUUUGGGCAGCUGCAGUGGUUGUCCCCAUCCCCUCCAAAGCCAGCAGCCUUGCGGCCCUCUCAUUGGCCAAAGACGGCUUGGUUGGCGGCAUCACGAACCCCAGUGAGGUCUUCUGCUCCGUACCAGGCCGGCUCUCUCUGCUCAGCUCCACGUCCAAGUACAAGGUGACAGUGGGGGAGGUCCAGCGGCGACUCUCACCUCCCGAGUGCCUCAAUGCCUCUCUCCUGGGUGGUGUCCUCCGCAGGGCCAAGUCCAAGAAUGGGGGCCGGUGCCUGCGGGAACGGCUGGAGAAGAUUGGGCUCAACUUGCCAGCUGGUCGUCGCAAGGCUGCCAAUGUGACACUGCUGACUUCGCUAGUAGAGGGAGAGGCUGUACACCUGGCGAGAGACUUUGGCUAUGUCUGUGAGACCGAGUUCCCAGCCAAGGCAGCUGCUGAGUACCUGUGCCGCCAGCAUGCUGCCCCUGGGGAGCUGCACAGCCGCAAGAGCAUGCUGCUGGCCGCCAAGCAGAUCUGCAAGGAGUUUGCAGACUUGAUGGCACAGGACCGUUCACCGCUGGGCAACAGCCGCCCAGCACUCAUCCUGGAGCCCGGUGUGCAGAGCUGCCUGACGCACUUCAGCCUCAUCACCCAUGGCUUUGGUGGGCCCGCUAUCUGUGCUGCCCUCACUGCCUUCCAGAACUACUUGCUGGAGUCACUCAAGGGGCUGGACAAGAUGUUUCUAAGCAGCACGGGCAGUGGGCAUGGGGACACCAAGACUUCAGAGAAGGAUGCCAAACAUCGGAAGUAACUGGUUCCUCCACCCCAUCCCUAAAGGGCUCCCAAGGUCUGAAAUGAGGUCUUUGCUCUUGGGGGUGGGCCUGAAAGAAUUAAAAGGUGGGGUUGGAGUCAGGCAAGAAAGAGAACAUUCCUCCAGAAACCCAUGAGUUAGGGGUCUGGGUUGGAGUAAGGGGAGGUGGCCUCUGUGGUGAUUUGUUGAUAAGGGCCCAGGUGUCUGCCUCAUGUGUGCAAUUUUCUGACCCUUGACUGCUGAGAAGGGCUUGGACAGGAAAUUGGCAUGGAAAAGCCUGGUUCUUGGGGCCAGCACUGCCUAUUAGGGUGCCUGGGCAGUGACGGGUGCUGCUAGAGGCCAAGGCCUUGCUGUUUUUACUGACAGCAGGAGAGGUAUUAACAAACUAGAGGUGCUACUGAGGAGCUGGUAUCCUUCCUCCCAGAAGCUCCUACCCCAGAAAAAGGGUGCUGGCAGGAGGCACCAGUGGGCUCUUUGGACCUCUGCCACUCUUGGAAAGAAGUGGGCAAGAGGGGCCCUCAAGGAACAGAGAAGAUAAAGCACAAAUUGGAUAACUUGAAUCCAGGCUGCACUUCAGUCCUGUUGCUGUCUGUCCUUUUUUUUUUUUUUUUUUUUUAAUUUAUUUAUUUUGUAUUGGUUGUGUUGGGUCUUUGUUGCUGCACACAGGCUUUCUCUAGUUGCAGAGAGCGGGGGCUACUCUUCAUUGUGGUGCAUGGGCUCAUUGUGGUGGCUUCUCUUUUUGCAGAGCACAGGCUUUAGGUGCAUGGGCUUCAGUAGUUGUGGCACAUGGGCUCAAUAGUUGUGGCUCACGGGCUCUAGAGCAUAGGCUCAAUAGUUGUGGCACACAGGCUUAGUUGCUCCGUGGCAUGUGGUAUAUUCCUGGGGCAGGGAUUGAACCCGUGUCCCCUGCAUUGGCAGGCAGAUUCUUAACCACUGUGCCACCUAGGAAGUCCCAUGUCCUAUUUAUUUAUGUUGUAAUUAAAGUUUUAAAAUGUCCAGUGCAACUUAUGUAUUCCAAUCAGUUGAGGACUCUUGUUCCACUGUUUUCUGCUCACGCACCAAGAUGUCCAGCUGGACCAGGAUGGAGGGUGUUUUUGCUCACAAAGGGCUGUGGGUGGGCCGGGAGGGAAGAAAGAUGUCAGGGACCCUGAGGUUGUUGCUGGGAUUUUGUAUUUGCUGUUGUUUCUCUUGACCCUGCAGUUAAUGUACCUCCCCAACUCUCAGAUUGCUUUCUCAUUCUCUUAAUAAAACCUUUUC